AUCUCCUCAGGUGGUCGAGCUGUGGGUAAGACGGCGCUGACGCAGAUGUUUCAGAGCAAGGGUAAGCUGUUCCCGAAAAACUACAAGCUUACGAGCGGUAUGGACGUCGUUGUGGCACCCGUCCCGAUCGAGGGCACGGAUGCUAUCGUCGAGCUGUUCGUGUGCGACGUCUCUGGACACCAGAUAUUCAGCGAUAUGGUGACGCAGCUGCUGGACAACGUGAACCUGGUGAUCCUCGUGUACGAUCAGAGUAGUAGGGACAGCUUUGAGGCGUGCGCGGAGGGCCUCAAGCUGCUCAUGGGUGUCCCUUCGAACAAAGGAAAGUCUAUGAGGGGCGUGCUGGUGGGCAAUAAACACGACCUUCUGAGGCAAAGAGCAGUUGAGUUGGAUGAAGCGAAGCGUUGGGCCACGUCGAUGGGUCUGGUGUUCAUGGAAACGUCCGCCUUGCCACCCGGGUCGGCAAUUGCCGAGCCUUUUAAGUGGUGUGCACAGACUUUUCAUCAAGCAUAUGAGGAGCAUCUCGGGCAGCUUGUGUCAUGAUGA